GCUGAGUACUAUGAGUGCCAUCUGUUUGGUGCAGUGUUUCACUGCCUCCUGCUGAUUCACCCUUCUUGUCUUCACUCCUUCAGGUGGGGACGUAUGAGAUGGGAAUCCUGCAGAUGAGAUACCCGGUGUGGCCGCGGUUUGGCUCCUAUCUACAGCCGGUGUCAGAUUACAGACACCUGACUGUGGCUACACUGGAGGAGCGGCCCUUUGUUAUUGUGGAGGCAGUGGACCCUGUGACUGGUACUUGUGUUAGCAACACUGUACCCUGCCGACGACAGUCCAACAAGACAGAGGCUAUUGUGGGUCACACUGAGCCAUACACCAAGCUGUGCUGUAAAGGUUUCUGCAUUGACAUUCUGAAGAAACUCUCACGCACCAUCAAGUUCUCCUACGACCUUUACCUGGUCACCAACGGCAAGCACGGCAAGCUGGUCAGAGGCAUCUGGAACGGGAUGAUCGGAGAGGUGUUCUACAAACGAGCGGACAUGGCUAUCGGCUCACUGACCAUAAACGAAGAGCGUUCAGAGAUCAUUGAUUUUUCUGUGCCAUUUGUUGAGACGGGAAUAAGUGUGAUGGUGGCUAGAAGUAACGGGACUGUCUCUCCAUCAGCUUUUUUAGAACCAUACAGUCCAGCAGUCUGGGUCAUGAUGUUCGUCAUGUGUCUGACAGUUGUGGCCAUCACAGUGUUCGUCUUUGAAUACUGCAGUCCAGUUGGGUACAACCGCAGCUUGGUCAGUGCCAAAGAUCCCGGAGGGCCCACAUUCACUAUUGGAAAAUCAGUUUGGCUACUGUGGGGAAUCGUCUUCAACAAUUCGGUUCCUAUUGAGAAUCCAAAGGGCACCACCAGUAAGAUCAUGGUUCUGGUCUGGGCUUUCUUUGCUGUCAUCUUCCUGGCUUCGUACACAGCCAAUCUGGCUGCCUUUAUGAUCCAGGAGCAAUACAUCGACACCGUUUCUGGACUGAGUGACAAAAAGUUUCAAAAGCCACAGGAGCAGUAUCCUCCGUUCCGCUUUGGUACAGUCCCAAAUGGCAGCACAGAGCGCAACAUAAGGAGUAACUACCCCGAGAUGCACUCCCACAUGGUCAAAUACAACCAAAAAGGAGUAGAGGAUGCUCUCAACAGCCUUAAAACAGGGAAACUGGAUGCCUUUAUCUAUGAUGCUGCUGUGCUGAAUUACAUGGCUGGCAAAGACGAAGGAUGCAAACUGGUCACCAUUGGCAGCGGGAAAGUGUUUGCUACUACUGGUUAUGGAAUUGCUCUGCAGAAGGAUUCACGCUGGAAGCGCCCCAUCGACCUUGCCCUGCUGCAGUUCCUGGCUGAUGGUGACACCCAAAAGUUGCAAACCGUCUGGCUCACAGGUAUCUGUCGUAACGAAAAGAAAGAAGUCAUGAGCAGUAAGCUGGACAUCGACAACAUGGCCGGAGUUUUUUACAUGCUGCUUGUCGCCAUGGGCCUAAGCCUACUGGUGUUUGCCUGGGAACAUCUGCUCUACUGGAAACUUCGCCAUUCAGUUCGCAAAUCAGACCGACUGGACUUUCUCCUGGCUAUCAGCAGAGGCAUCUACAGCUGCUUUAACGGAGUAGAGCAAACUGAUCACAAUGGGAGCCUGCAGAGUCCAGACGUCACCACCAACUACACUCAAGCCAACAUGCUUAAGAUGCUGAGGACAGCCAAGGACAUGGUGUCCUCUGCCAGAGUUGAGAACUCUCUCGAUAGCGCCACCAAAACAAUAGAAAACUGGAGCAGACGUGGAGCCGACAAUGUGCGAGCUGGCCUUCCUCCCAGAGUUACAACCACAGAUGUGACCCACGGCCGGCUACCCUACAUCUCCAGUAUAACAGACAAUCAUUCCCCCUACCCUCAGAGGGCCAUUACACCAACGUUCCCAGUUCAUUACGGGGACACAUCCACCCAGCCCCUUCUAGAGAAGCCCAGGGUGGUAACCCGACCCACUCCUCUUCGGUACACUCUGCCUACACGCAGCAGUCAGCAUCUGUUGGAGAGAACUUUGCCCAUUUCCAGCCUCAGCAGCCCACACAUUGCCAUGAGAGAUCCAACUCCCUCUGGAACGUCCAAUCCCCACCACAGCAGCAGGCUGUAUGUGGAAAACCAGGGCCGGCACCCAGCAUCCCCUUUUGUUUCCUACAGGGAGUUCCAGGUACCUGACAUUUACGUGGAGCACAAGGGACCCCUCCACAGGAAGUUCAGCUACCCCCCAGACUGUGUAAGCCGGAGACGGAGGUCUUUCAGCUAUCUGUUUAAUAAUCCAGAGCCAAGAGUGAGAGUCGACUACGAUGAACCACGGUCUUGCUUUGCUGAGUUGAGAGCUAAUCACCUCCUAAACAACCAGGUCCCUGAUGGUAUGGCAAUGGCCUGCACUCCAGGACACUACCCCGGCAGCAGCACCAGCUGCAACUCCUGCAUGAAGUCUUACCUGGAGCCAGAAAUGGACGAAAUCCCCCUCUUAGGAAAGGACAAGUUAAAUCGACGAGCCUCAUUUCUUAAAGCCACGUGGGGCAAUGAUAGAAUCCGUCAGGUAGAUGAAACAAAGCCUUCCACAUCCACAGCUCCUUCCACCCGAACAGACAUGCCUGAUUUGUUUCCACAGGUGGUGGGGCCGAAUCCAAAGCCUCACAGGCUGUAUGGCAGUUUGGGGCACAACCUGUCCUGUUACCCACUGGCCGCUGAGCCAGCCUACUUAGACCCAGCCCAUAUGGGUUCUUACCCCUACAAGCAAAAGAUAAAGUACGCUGACUCUACCCGGCUGCCCUCUUACAGGGAAGCUAUCCUACAGAACGCCGCUGCACUGCGCCGCUCCUCCUCUACGGUGGUGCACAGACAUUAUUCCACCUACCUGAAUUCGUACACAGAUUUACCAGUGUAUGUGGGGCCUCUCCCACAAGGACCGUCCCAGUUCUACAACAGCUCAAAGGACAUGUGCCACUUGUUUCCAUGUACCAGCCACUGCCCAGAAAACACAGCAAUGCUCCCUAGAAUGACGGACAGACCAGUGGCUUACCACAACAUGUUUGGGCCUUAUGAUGGCACAAAGCGAGAGGACUUGGGUUCAGGGAGCCGAGAUCGGAGGCAAGUCCUUGUGGCGCGAAGAGUCAACAGUCCUUAUGUGCCAAAGCCCUGGGGCAGGGUCUCCAGUCUGGAGUCUGAGGUCUGAACCACUCUCCUUGUUAGGCCAACUGACUUGCGUCCCUCUGAGGAGGAAUAUGUCUGGAGGUUCUUCCUUGAGCUUUCAGUCAAAGCAAAAAUGAAACCCUACACCUACAGUGUACUUGAGAGAGGUUCCUCUCAAUUAUCAGUGCAAUAAUAUCUUGGGCAGCAAAAAGUAAAAAUAUAGCCUAAAAAGCUGGGACUUUGUAAGCCAGAUAUAUUGAAUUACUAAAAGAAAUGGAAAUAUUGAAAAGUAUUUAAUGCAUAAGAAUUUAACCUGUGGAUGGUUGUUUAAAAGGAUUUAAUUUAUGUUACUAGAUGAAAUCUUUUGGGAGAUGAUAUACUAUAGUCUCUCAAAUUCUCAGUCUGAUUACAACUUGAGAUAUUUCUGUAUUUUUCUUUCCGACAUCAUUUCAGUACCCAUGUUUAAAGGCAAAGCAUAAAGAUAAUUUUGUUAUUCAAGAACUGAUAUGUCUUCCGUAAAUUUUCUAAGUCUACAACACUGGGUGCACCAAGACUUUCAGAUCAUCAAUGUAAUGUUGCUGCACUUUUAAAGCAAGGGAAAAGCAUAUUAAGUAUCAUGUGUAUUUCCAUUGUUACCAUACCCUUUAAUAAACAAGGCAAGUAAAGAGCCAUCUGGAAUCUU